AUGUUCCAUCUAUAUGGACCUCACGGCCCUACCUUGCUGAGCAAUGGUCCUAGCAGCGUGGAUGUUCAAGGCCGGUGGAUCGUCGACGCCAUCAAGCAGAUCGAUCGACAAGGCUUGGAGUAUAUCAAUCCAGCAGCUGAAGCGUCCAAGGAGUGGAAAAAGAGGAUUAACGAGUUGUCCGACAAGAGUCUCUCCCCGACAACUAAAUCGACCUACAUGUGA